AUGAACUUUUCUGGUUCAAUAAACCCAAACUACUCUUGUCCCUUAUCCACUUCCUUCUAUUCCAGAAGGCAGUUUGGUUACAACUCUUGCUUCCUUAAGAAUCAUCUCCUUGUUUACUUCCGACUUAUUUUAGGGUUUGCUGGACAGUUUCUAUGCAGUUACAGCACACUCCCACUUUAUGCAUUGGUCGCUCAGAUGGGAACGAACUAUAAAGCGGCUCUGAUACUUCAGAGGACAAGAGACACGAUUCAAGGUAUUGAGCUUGAGUCGCAGCCAAUCCAACAACCUCGUAAUACUUCUGCUUAUGCAGCUAAUGAAUCUUCAAGUAGAGUUGGGACACCUCUUCUUAGACCUUGUGUCUCCAUUUCUUCGUCAACGACCCCAGAGCUAAGAGUAGAACCUGUGGAACCUCUCUCGAGAUGA